CCUAGAGAGGCAAUGAGGAAGGCGAGUCCUCCCAGCUCCCUGGGAUGGUCCUGUGAUGGCUUUUUGAAUGUCCUUUUGCUGCAGAAAACAAGAGAGGAGAGCAGGAUCCAGCCUGGGAAAGCCGAUCACCGGAAUUUAUUCUGGAAUUUUCCUCUUGGUUUUUGUUCGCUCCUCCGUGAACCUUCUCAAAUAUGAAAAGGGGGGAUCAGACCCCCACAGGACCAACAUCAGGAGAGGCGGGAUCUCCAGGAGCAGCGAAAGCCCCUCACGUCCUCCAAGCUGGGAACAUCCGAGAAUUCCUGAGACGGAUGCCAGGGGAUCAGAUCAAACAAGAGCCAAACGAGAGCUCCCUUGAGCUCUGGGAAGUCCAAUGGCAGGAGUUCCUGAAGACGGUGGAGUCUCCUCAUCCGGAAUGGGGCACCCCAGCCUUUCCAGAGAAGUCCUCGCCAUGGGACGACGCCAAGGGCUUCCUGGCCUCCUUCGAACAAGUGGCCCAAGCCUGCCGGUGGCCCCGGGAGGAGUGGGUGGCCCGACUCUUGCCGGCCCUCAGCGGGGAAGCCGAGCGGGCCUUCCGCAGGCUGCAGGCCCGAGACAGAGAGGAUUAUGGGAAAGUGAAGGUGGCCAUCUUGCGAGGGGAUGCCAUGAGCCGGGAGAAGAUCCGCCAGCAUUUCCGGCGCUUCUGCUACCAGGAGGCCGAGGGGCCGAGAGGGGCCUACGUCCGGCUGCAGGAACUCUGCUGCCAGUGGCUGAAAUUUGAAAGGCACUCCAAGGAGCAGAUCCUGGAGCUGCUGAUCCUGGAGCAGCUCUUGACCAUCCUGCCAGCCCACAUCCAGAGCUGGGUGAGGGAGUGUGGGCCGGAGACCUGCUCCCAGGCGGUGGCCCUGGCCGAGGACUUCCUGUUGAGGCAGGAAGUGGCCCAGAGCCAAGAAAGCCAGGUGACGUUUGAAGAGGUGGCUGGGAGUUCCUCCGAAGAAGGCCAGGGUCCGUCCCUGAACAAGCAGAGGCUUCUCUGCAUCGACACCAAGCAGGAAGAUGACGACGGAGAAGCUGGCCUGCUGGCAGCCAAAGGUUGGGUCACCAUCUGCAACGGGGAAGACUACGCGGCGGAAGACUCUGAGGCCGAGUGUCCGCACGGGACAUCGGUGUGGAAAACGGAGGAGAGCUUUUCCGAGUGUUGCGCGCAAAAAAAUGCCUCAGGGCGCCAGGGAAGAGCAGAGGGCCGUCAGGAAAAGCUGAUGGCAGAGGAAGCCGAUGGAUUGGGUUGCCUGACCCCCACGGAAACCCCGGCUGCAGUCCCGGUAGGAAUCGACACCAACCGGAAACAGACCGCCUACGGUUCUUACGGCCGGAACGCCAUCCUCCCGACGAGAACUCGGAUGGGGGUGAAGCCGGUAAAAUGCCAAGUCUGCGGGAAGUACUUCCUGUGCAGCGCAAAGCUCCUCGUCCAUCAAAGGACCCACGCCGGGGAGAAACCCUACAAGCGCCUGUAUUUCUGUGGCGCCCAGCACAUGGGCUCCCCCGGCCAACCCCCCGUCCUCCACAAGAUGGUUCCCUCCCGCAUCCGUGGCCAGCGGUGGGAAGGGAAGGAAGUUGUGGCCUUGCUGAGCAGCAUCAAAGCCAGUCCCGCCCUGGCCCUCCUGAUGAGUAGCAGCUCCCAGAGGGGGCACCAACACUGGGAAAGGAUCAGGGACCAGCUCCAGGCUCAGGGCUUCGUCAGGAACAUCGACCAGCUCCGAUCGAAGUGGAAACAGCUGAAGACGGACUUUUUUGCAGCUGGGCGGCCUGCCGCGGAAGGGAGGGAGAAGCCUGCGGUCAUCCCUCCGUAUUUCAACCGGAUGCGGGCCGUGUGGGAUGCGGCAGGACGCCCCCCCUUCAAGGACCGUCACCUGCCGGCUUCUUACCGAGCCCGGAGGCGUGAGCUGGAGAGAUGUGAGGAAGAUGACGAGGACGACAUGGAGGUACAAGGCCCCUCCUGCUAACGGAUGAGGGAGACACCUGGAAUCGAGGAAAAACAAGCCUUCUGUGAGGUCCUAUGAACCAGUAGCCAAGCGCCAGAACCAGGAGGGGCACCGCUGGGAACUCGAGUGGCCCAUUUGACCAGGUGGUGGUCCUUGAAAUCAGGGGUCUGAAG